GACCUGCUCCCUAAAGAGCUGCAGUUGCCCUCGGUAGUUCAGCAGGACAACUCCACCAUGAGCCAGAAGAGCGGUGGAGAGGCUGGACCUCCUCCUCCAGCUGCCCUGGCCUCAGGAAGCUGUGGAAUCUUUAAGGGAGGCUGCCCAGACUAAUAUCAGUGUUUUGCAGCAAUAAAUUUGAGGUAAAAGAAAAAUAAAAAUCAACCAAUUCCAAAUCCAAGCUAAAACUAGGACAGUGAAACAUUUUUUAUUUACUGUAUUCAAAAACUGGCCCAAUAAAUUUGUCGAUGUCAAAAAAUACAUGUUGUAUUUAUACUUUAAAAUCAAAAUGAUGAUUUUUACUCAAAUUAUUCUGACCCAAUUUGCUAAUAUCUCCACUGGAUGACCAGCACUUAUUGUUCAUUCGAUGUCAUUUGUCGUUUUUAUUCCAGGGAGUUCCCUCUGAAUCAGGGAGAGUCUGCAUAUAAAAUGGUCUGCAGUUCUCUGCUUUGUAGGUCAGAAGCUUGUUUAUUCUGUCUCCAUGGAUACGUUCAGUCCCAACCAAAUUGCCCAAUUGGCGUGCAUUAGUCGAUACCUCAGAAUUAUCAUUGGCCAGUUUUAUUUGUGUAAGAGAGGAUGUUUUAGAUCAGCGCUGGAUUAUACAGCACUGACUACAAAAGCUCUCUAUACCCCAUGCAUGUUAUGUUCUCAAUUUUUUAUGGUAGGACUCAAAAGUAAUUGGACAUUUGGGCCAUUAUUGUGGUUUUAAAUAAUGAAUUGUAAAGAUUUAAAGAGGAAUUCCUUAUAUAUGAUCAUGUAUCAAACAAAAAAAGGGAUUGGAAAAGUAUGAGCUUGAAUUACUUUAAUUAGAAAUUUCCCUGCGGAAAAUUAUCAGCUUUAACCAGCCUAAGCUGGUUUGCUGGGCAGCUAACAGACCAGCCUAUCCAGGCCGGGAGACCAGCUAAGACCAGCAAACAGUCUUAGACUGGUUUAAGGUGUUUUUCAUCAGGGUUAACAUAUCAACCAAAGGCAGUCAAAAAGGGUUCAGGGCAAUGACCAAAUAUCAUGUCCAGUUUCACUGCCUGAUCGGGACUGCUUGCCAAGCUUGCAUGGACCAGGUUUGUUUGACGUUUUGUAUUGUGCACACUACAGAUGCUGCUGCCACCUGCGCCGUUUCCUCCCCUGGAGGCCUCAGCAGUACACUUUCUUCCUGUCCCAGCAUGCUCUCUGCUACCUCAGUCCAAGAGCAGACCUCCAGGCUCCACAGUGGUCCCCCGUCAGAGGGGAUGGGAGUGGAUCCUGGACCAGUGGUAGCCAUCACUGGGGUAGCUGUGGGUGAUGCUGUCGGAUCAACACAGAGCCAGGCGACCCCCUCGAAACGACGGACUGUCCUGAGCAUCUCUCCACCUCCAGAAGAUCUGUUGGAUGACAGUCGCAUGUCCUGCCAGGAUGACCUGCUGCCUAACCCGGACUCAGAGCAGAGUGGUAGCAUGUGGAUGGACGAAUCUGUGUCCAACUUCAGUUUGGCCAGCAGCAGUUCAUACAAUGACAAUACUGAAGUGCCCCGAAAAUCUCGCAAGCGAACUCCUCGCCAGCGGCCAGGGCCAAAACCUGCAGCCCGGGAAGAAGCAGGCAUGGAUGUUUUUGAUGCAGACAGCGCCAAAGCGCCACACUUUGUUCUUUCUCAACUUGGUUCAGAUGUCAAAGUCACACCCAAAGUGAGCUCCCUGGAAGUGUCGAACAAUCAGAAAGGUGGUGUUCUUUCCAUUCAGUACCCGCAGAAGAGUGAAGGGAAGGAGCUAAAGAUUUUGAUUCAGCCGGAGACUCAGCACAGAGCGCGAUACCUCACAGAGGGCAGCAGAGGAUCCGUCAAAGACCGUACACAGCAAGGAUUCCCUAAAAUCAAAUUAGAGGGAGUCAAUGAACCAGUGGUGCUCCAAGUUUUUGUGGCUAAUGACGCUGGGCGUGUGAAGCCUCAUGGGUUUUAUCAAGCCUGCAGAGUGACUGGGCGCAACACGACAGCCUGUAAGGAGGUGGAUAUCGAAGGGACCACAGUCAUUGAAGUAAACCUUGAUCCGAGCAACACUAUGACGCUAGCAGUGGACUGUGUUGGAAUCUUGAAGUUGAGGAAUGCUGAUGUUGAAGCUCGUAUAGGGGUUGCUGGCUCCAAAAAGAAGAGCACUCGUGCUCGUUUGGCCUUCAGAGUCAACAUCCCAAGACCAGAUGGAUCUGUCCUAACCCUCCAGACUCUCUCUUCUCCCAUCCUAUGUACUCAACCUGCUGGAGUGCCUGAAAUCCUAAAGAAAAGUCUUCACAGUUGCUCUGUGGCAGGAGGAGAGGAGGUCUUUAUUAUCGGCAAGAACUUCCUCAAAGGAACCAAAGUUGUUUUUCAGGAAAAUUCUUCAGAUGAGAGUGGCUGGCAGGCUGAAGCAGAAAUUGACAUGGAACUUUUCCAUCAGAAUCAUCUAGUGGUGAAGGUUCCUCCAUAUCAUGACCAGGCAGCGACCUCCCCAGUGUCAGUGGGGAUUGCCGUGGUGACAGACGCAGGGAGAACACAUGAUGUACAGCCUUUUACCUACACCCCUCUAACAGAGAAAGUUGAUAUUCCAGUGAAGUCAGAAUUGCCAGCCACAGUCGAGACUUGCACCUAUGAAGAGCAGAUAAAAGCAAUGCAAACUGAGACCAGUUGUAUAAACAAUGUCAUAAUGUUACCGGUAGUCAAACGUGAAGAACCUAUGGAAGUCUCCUGCAAUGCAACACCAUCAAACAUUUUCAAGCCUGUAGAUGACCUUAGUUCAACCCAACAAAUCUUGGAGAUAAGUAAUGUCCUUCCCUCUGGCAGUAAGUCUUUUCCAAGCCCUGUGCCUCUCCAACCUGUUGACUCACAACAGCCAGUGGCUCAGAUUUGUACUUCUCAAGAAACCAUGUCCAACAUUCCCAAGCAGGACAUUUCUUCACCUGCAUCAUUCCAAGUGUCCUUAUCUGAAGACACAACAGUUCUCCAGCCUGUUCCUCCACAGGUCCCUCAGCAAUUCCUGCGGGAAACCCCUGAGACUUUGUCUCCGGAAGAUAACAGUGCAGAUGGAAGUGGAAUGGUAUUAGUGGGCAUAGAGUCUCGGUCUCCUUCAUCCCAGCAGCCACAGAUUCAGACACUUUUGCCCCAAGAUGGGGUUACACAGCUGGAGAGAGCAGUACGAGAGCUGCAAGCACAACAGCAGCAGCUAAAUUCUGUGCUUUACAGCUCAGCACUGUCUGCAGAGAGUCUCCAGCAACAUGUCCAGGAAAAUAUGAACAGUUUGAGGCUGGGUGGAAAUGAGAGUACCCUAACCAACCAGCAACAGCAGCAGCAAGAGCAGAAUAUAUUGGAUAAUUUGCAACAACAGCAACAGAAGGCACUAGUGGAUUUACAACAUCAACAGACAGUCCUUGAAAAUUUGCAACAGCAUCAGAAAGUCCUUGAAAACCUCCAGCAACAUGCUCUUGGUAACUUGCAGCAACAGCAAACACACAAAGUUUUAGAGAACCUGCAGCACCAACAUCAGCACCAGAAGGUUCUUGAGAACAUUCAGCAACAAAGUUCUAUAGUCACUCUGCAGCAUCAAAAGGUUUUUGAUAAUAUCCAACAGCAGCAACAGCAUCAGAAGAAUCUAGAAACUCUUCAGCAUCAGGAAGUAUUAGAGAGCCUAAAACAGCAAUUGCAGUCAGAGCUCUUGCAGACACAGAUUCAAAUGCAGUGCACACCCAGCUUCACUAGCGAUCCGCAAAGCUCCACACAGGCUAGUGCUCUCUCACAACCCUCUGAAGGCUUCCUCCAGAACCCACCCCAGCAGCAAAUGCAGCAGCAGACUUCGCUAUUCCAACAGACUGGAGGUCUUAUGACCAUUCAAACAUCCAGCUUUCUUCAGCAGCCAUCGUCCCAGCCCUCGCCUCCACAGCAGCUUUUUCAGAGUCAUAACCCCUUAACUGAAACGCAGGACACACAGACAGUACUCUUUGGAACCACAAAGGCGCCACAAGUCCAAGCAACCUUAUUUCCUGGAACUAUGACCAUGCUAACAAGUACCAAUCUGCCGUCAGAGCAGCAGGCUUCCUCAACUAGUCUGUUUAUUGCGCAAAGUGUGUUGCCUAGCCAGCUACCAUUGGAUAAUAACCAGAACCAGCAGCAACAACAGAUAGCUUUCCUCACACCCAUGCAGACUUCUGGAACAGAAGCCCAGACUGUCUCAAUUUUUCAGGGACAACCCCAGUUGUCCACCCCAAUGGAACAACAACAGUCUCCCCAACAACAACAGUUGGCUACACCCCAGCAAGCCUCUCUUUUCACAAAUAUGGCGACAAUAUCCCAGAAUCAAGCACAGCAACAAACACAGACUGGCAUAUUGUUCUGUACCACGACCCUUAACCCCCAUGAUCUGCCCCAGGCUCUGCUUUUCAGUAGUCAGAACCAAGGUUCAAUAGGAAAUGAUCACCUCCAAGAGAAUAUCUUUCAGGAGCAGCAACCCAUGCAAGUUGUCCCCAGUCCUGAAAAUGUUACUUUGAACAAUUCUUCAAACCAACCCACAGUCCCUCUUGCCCAGCCAACUCAGAAUCCAUCAAUUAUAUUUCCCCAAGCCAGUGUUGUGAGUGUUGCCCCACAAGACUCGUCAGAGCCCAUGUCAAUUCAAAAUCAGACUUCGAUCAUGAGCAACUCGUUUGCCAGUAUGCCUUCAACACAGACAGAACUUUUUCAGGACCAGCAACCUAUGCAGGUUGUUCCCAGUGCCACCAGCGUAACCCCUGUCUCCCCUACUGACCAACCUUCCAUCAAUCUUUAUUUGCCUGAGUCAGCCAUUUCAGCUCUCCAGAGUGGUGUUAGUGCUCAAGAGUUACCUCCAACUGCCACAGCAGCCACCAUCUUUAGUGGACCAGGUGGUGUGGCAGUGGGCGGUCUGCAGAACACCACGCCUACAACCACUCAGCAACCUCCUAGCCAACUCUUUCAGACAGCUAUUGGGGGAACUCUCAGCCAGCCUGGACAGCCUGGACAAGCAGGCCUGUUUCUCUUUGAGAUUCCCAGUGAAUGUGGACAGCUAAUUAAUUCUCCUGGUCCGACAUUGUCAGAUCAACUUGUAACCAUGGGGCAUCCAGGUUCGGAUCAGAACCAGAGCCAACUUCAGACUAGUGCACAGAUUGAAACUUUAUUGGACCAGUCCAGCAACAUUGAGGAUAAGAUAGACGAACUUCUGGAACGAUUUCAAGAGCAAGCCAAGACGCUCCCUAGGGAUUUCUUGGACCAUUAAAGAUAAUUAGUUUGAAACUUCACUCCAGUAGACCACCGUCCUCACUGCUUUUCAAUGUUUUUUGUUUUGUUUUUGUUUUACAUUUUAUGUAGGUAUUGUCUAAACUAACAACUGUCAAAUAGGUGUUUCCAGUUAUAUCUCUGUUUCUGAAAGCUUGUAAUAUGUUGUUUAAGUGGGACAUGUUACCUUCUCUUGAUGGACAUUUAAAGGCCCACUUUAUUGAAGCCAAUGUUUGGCAUGUCAACAUAUCAACUGACCCAUAAUGUAUAUUGGCACUUUGCUACUUUGUAUUGUGUUCUUGACUUCCACCUGAAUCUUCUCCAUAUGUUGGCAUCAUUAAUCUCCAUUUAUUGGCAUCAUUAAUCUGUUUUUAAUAUAAAAUGACCUAAUACAGUUCACAACUCAACUCUCUCGCCAUCGAGAUAACUAAUACAUUGUGAAUGAAUCUGAAAUAUAUUUAGCACUUUAGGGAGUUUCUAUGGGAGAUGCUCCCUUUUAGCUUAGUAACCCAUAUGUGUCUAACUGGCUGUCAAAGCUUUUUAAGUUUUGAUAGUUAUAAUGCUGUUCUAAACAAUGUUUUGUGCGAUUUUAUUUACUCUUCACUGUUUUUUUUUAGAAUAUAGCUUAUUUUAUGAGCCAUGUUUAAUGUUUGUUUUGAUGUUUUUUUUAUUAUUUGCAUACAUGUCCUUCUAAUCCAUCCAAAAUUCACAUCAUAACAUUAAUGCCCAAUGUAAAAAUAUAUAUAUAUAUCACUCCCCACCUUUUAUGUUUCAUUUUUAUUUAUUCUGUUUUUUUUAUUUAAAUGAAACUGAGGUCCAACCUUUAUACAGGAAUUCCUAUUAGGGAUGUGUAAAUGUUUGUUGUGGUAGGUGGAGAUUAUUCAGUAAGCACAAGCAUGCAAGAAGAUUUGUUGAGUUAGGCAAGUAUGCAUCUCAUUAGUACUUUAAAAGGACAUAUUAUGAGAGUUUUUAUUGGGCAGCUUUUUCUUGGACAGUGGCAGUUAGGUCCAUAUUACCUGAGGGUUCAAGAAGGGAUUGGUUUGUUUUCACCCCCAAGUUACAAUUUGCCCCAUCAUUGUUUAGAUCCACUUGUUAGGGGUGAAAGGACAUAAAAAAAAUGUAGCCAUUGUUAAUAGUCUUUCAUUGGCAAUGCAAAUUUUGACAGGAUACAUUAGAAUCUGUCGUCUUAAAACUGGUUUCUUUAUUAUAUGAUUCAGCUAUUUAAGAUUGAAAAAAAUCAUAAAAUUCUUGUUUUAGAACAAGCAACGAAGAGUUUCAUGCCACUGCUGCAAGACAAUCUUGUCAUACAAGUUUUAAGUUAAAUUUUGGUGGAUAGGAAAGUGUAUUCAACUCAGAGUCAUGUAUCCUAACUGGAAGGUUUCUCUACACUGUUCUACAGAGUUUAAUAUUCACAUUGACAGAAUGCUGCUACAUUUUGUCAUAACUGAUUGUUAUGUCCAAGUUUGUCUAGGGGUAUGACCCAUGACUCUGGCUUGGGUGUGAGAGAUCCCGGACGAGCCCCCACUUGUUACUAAUGUAUUGUUUACAACCCCCCCCACACAUUGCUAAAAUAUUUUAUUAAAUCACAAACAUAUUUGACAUUUUACUUAUUCAUAGACACCUACAAUUUUAAUUUUAAUUUUUAAAAACAUUACCUAACAUUUUCAGUAUACUUGAUUCCAAGAAGCAGCUUUUAAAUUGACAAUAUUCUCAUGUAGAUAUAAUGUGAGUAGUUCUAUUUAAAGUCUUCAUAAAUGUUUUUGCUUUGAUACAUCAGCUAUAUUUUAUAACAUACCCUUUCUUGCCUUGUUUUUUUUUUUUUUAGGUUGUGCUUUAUGUAGAAUUUGCAUAACAAAUUGUAAACAGUAGACCAGCUGGUUUAAUUGUGCUGUUCCUUUGUGAGGUAGCAGUUUGUUAAAUGCGUGCUCUCUUUGUAGUAACACAUAAUAUCUCACCUGCAAGUGAGGCAUACAUACAGUAUUUUUGUAAGACUGAAUUUUGAAAUGUACUGUGUACAUUUUAAACAUUUUAAAAGUGAAUUUUGUUCCUCCUGCAGUACUGUACUUCAUAUGUCAAUAUUCAGAGCAGUGAAGAUGUUUUUGUCCCCAUCACUGUUACAAAAUGGAGAUAGUUAUGUGUUUUGUUGGUGAAAAUUCAAAUACUGUCAAUUUAUGAAUUAUUAAAAAAAAAGAAAAAAAAAAGUGGUUUUGCAUAGAGUGCAAAAGGGUGAAUCUCCUUAAAACUGUCAAUACAUCUCUGGGUCAUAUUUCACCCCAACAUACAAAGAAAACAAAUAUGGCAAUGAACCUAUUUUUUGUUAUUUAUUUGCAUUGUGACAUUAUUUUUAUGACAAGCACAUCCCCAGGCCCUAAAAAAAUUUGACCAUAAUGUAAAAAAGAUAUUAUUAUUACCAUAAUGUCAAAGAAAUACUAAUACUUUUAAUUCUAUUGAAAAGUAAAAUUGUGAGUGUAUGUCAUGGUUGUAUUUGUUGUAUUGAAUUACAUUUAUUAAACAUUUCUUCCCAUUGUGGUCCUGACCGAACAAUUUUUUUAAUUAAUUAUCAUGAAGAUAAUGCUAGAAAGAAGAAAAAAAAAAAAAAAUUAAUGACUCCAAAAAGGGCUUCAUUUUAUUAUUAUUAUUAAUAUUAUUAUUAUUAUUAUUGUUUUUUUGCAAAGCAUAAUUUCUUAUUUUGUCUUUUGAUUUUGAGGUGAAUUAUGACCCAGACAUUUGUUUGUGUUAUGAAAUAUAUAGGCUAAUGUUCUGGAUUCUGCAUUCCAUACAAAGCCAUAAAAAAAAAUGUAAAAAAAAUUUAAAAAAGAAUCUGAGUCAAAGAAUGUGUGUGUUUUAAAUCAUGGUGUAGGGCAUAUAGAUUCACACUACAUCUAACCUAAGGACCAAUUAUGAAGACUAAAGUUUUUUCUCAAAACAAGGCAGCAGAAACGCUAUCUUUUUGAUAAGUAAUUGCGAGUCCGUUCUUGGUUUUUUGAUACUGAUGAUCCAGCUUAAAUCAGAAAUCAAACUGUAUGUACAACGAACAAAAACAUUACUGCAAAAAUCCAUCAUUUAUAUGAACUUUAAUGUUUUAAGAGGUUGUAUUUUUGUUCUUUUACUUCACAUAAUAUUGUGCUUUUUGAUUGGAAGUACUUUGUGCCUUUGCAAGCCUUUCCUCUUAUUUCUAAAGGACCUUUGUACAUAAUGAAAUACAUGUUGGAAUUAGUAGAGUUACUAACUUACUGCAGAAGUAAAAAACUACGAUUCUUUUUUAAACUGUUUUGUCUGGUCAUGUUGACAUUAACCAGUCCAUCAGUGUAGUCUACAUCCAUCAGUGUACAUCAGAUCUAAACAUUUAUAUCAUGAAAUUGUCAUGCAGCCUCAACUCACAUUUUAAUUUUAUUGUAAUUUUUGUCAUUCUCAUCCACUGGUGGUCAUUGAUCGGGCAGCAGGUUUAAUGUAAUGAUAUUUGAAGGACUUUUUGUGAAAUGUUUACUGAAAACAAGGUUUGGAAGAGUGCUUACCCCAAUCACCAGCAGUUAUUUGUGAUCUUAUUUUGUGUGUGUAUGUUAAAAAGAGAGUAUUGUAACACACUCUUGCACAGUUUUAAAUUUGGUUUGCUUUUAUUUGAUGUGAUUAAUGUCCUUGUUUUUUUUUUUUUUUUUUUUUUUGUCCUAGGGUUAACAGCAGUGUACUCAUGAGUGUGUAAUGAGAUUAAGCAUUGUGAAGAAACAUGAA